UGUGACUUCACUGUACAAAACCAACUCACGGGAACUAGUAGUAAACAAAAUUUAUGAAGUUUUUAAAAAGAACAUAUUUUUUAAAAAUUUAAAGACCGUUUUUUCUUUGAUUUUUGUAAUAUUAGAUCUGAUACCAUCUUUAAAACAAACGUAGUAAACCAGUUAAUUAAAAUUUCAAGCUAAAUAUACGAGAUAAUUCAGUAGGUUUUCCUGUCUUCAGCUAAUUUGAAUUGUAAUUUUGGCUGAAUUAAUUAUUUCAAAACAUGACGCGGCGAUGUUCUACUAAAAUUCUUAAAAAGUUUCGAGAUGUGAUGAAGAAUUCUGAAUAUGUGACGGAAAGCUUGCAGGCGUAUAUAAUACCAUCCGUUGACGCCCAUCAAAGUGAAUAUAUUGCACCUUGUGAUAAACGGAUUCAAUUCAUUAGUGGGUUCACUGGCAGUCGAGGUACAGCAGUUAUAACGGAAAAGCAUGCAGCAUUAUGGACAGAUGGACGAUAUUUUCUUCAAGCCAAUCAACAAUUAGAUGAAAAUUGGACUCUGAUGAAAGAGCGAAUCGAAGGUACACCAUCUGUAGGCGAGUGGCUAAAUGAUGUUUUACCUAAUGGUAGCAAAGUGGGUUUCGAUUCCUUCCUUCUUGAUAAUGAUACAUGGAAAACUUUGAAAGAAACAUUUGAAAGUAGCAAUAAUUGCUUAGUUCCCACUGAGAAAAACUUAGUAGAUGUAAUUUGGGAAAACAAACCUUCCAUUCCUUCAAAUUCAGUUGAAUUUUUACCUAUUAAGUAUUCAGGUAAAGGUGUUGAAGAAAAAAUAUCAGAAGUAAGAAAUGAGAUGAUUAAGCAAAAAGCUUCUAUUCUGGUUAUUACUGCUCUUGAUGAAGUAGCUUGGCUUUUUAAUCUGCGGGGAUCAGAUAUUGUUUUUAAUCCUGUAUUUUUCUCAUAUGCAAUUGUGACUCUGGAUUCUCUAUAUCUUUUCAUUGACUCCAAGAAGCUCUCUGAGACUGCCAAAAAUAGUUUGUCAGACCUUAAAAACUUGAAUUUACAAAUUUUACCCUAUGAAAAUGUUGUUAAAACUCUCAAAGAAUUAUUUAAAGAAAAGAAAAGCAGAGUUUGGUUUAAUCAGAGAACAUGUUACGGCAUCGUUUCACUCAUCCCUAAGAAUUAUCGAUUUAUGAAAACCACACCUGUAGAGAUGCUAAAGGGUAUAAAAAAUGAUGUAGAAAUCAAUGGCGCUCGUAUUGCUCACAUAAAAGACGGUGCUGCACUUUCUGAAUUUUUCCAUUGGCUUACUCUGGAAAUAUCAACUGGAAACUUAACUGAGAUAAGUGCUGCUGACAAAUUAGAAGCUAUUAAAAAAGAUUUAACUGAUUAUGUUGGUUUGAGCUUUGGCACCAUAUCUGCAUCAGGACCUAAUGCUGCUAUUAUUCAUUAUCAACCAUCAAAGGAAACAAAUAGAAAAUUAGAUCCUUCUGAAAUAUAUCUUUGUGAUUGUGGAACACAAUACAGGGAUGGAACAACUGAUGUUACUAGAACAUGGCAUUUUGGUGAGCCAACACCCAUGGAAAUAAAAUCUUACACCUUGGUACUUAAAGGUCAUAUUGCUCUAACACGUGCUAUUUUUCCAGCAAAAUGUACAGGCCAUAGAAUUGACAGUUUUGCUCGUAAAUUUUUAUGGGAUUAUGGAUUAGAUUACUUACAUGGAACUGGACAUGGCGUAGGAUCCUUUUUAAAUGUGCAUGAAGGACCCUGUGGGAUAAGUCUUUGUUAUAGAGCUGAAGAUCCUGGAAUCCAAUCCGGAAUGAUCCUUUCCAUAGAACCUGGUUAUUAUGAAGACAAUAAGUUUGGCAUUAGGUUAGAGAAUCUUGCUGUAGCGAAAAAAGCGGAAACUGAUCACAAUUUUGGAGACAAACAGUAUCUUACCUUUGAGCCAUUAACAGUAUUUCCUUUCCAAGCAAAGCUGAUUGACACUUCCUUGUUAACAUCUGACGAGGUUUCAUGGCUAAAUAAUUACCAUAUGCUCUGCCUGGAAAAAGUUGGUGGCUAUCUAAAAGAACUAGGAAAACAUGAUGCCUUGAAAUGGCUUAAAGAUGCAACAAUACCUAUUAAAAAUGCUUGAUAAUAUUUCCAAUAUAAUCUUUAUAUUUUUAGAAACUAUUAACAACAAGUUGUAAAUUUUACUAUAAUAUACUUGUAUGAACUAAAUUUAAAAAUGUGAUUUUACAUAGUUUUAAAUCUCAUAAAAUUAUUUUGAUCAAUAAUUGGACUUAAUUAAUUGCAUUUUGAUGUGAUUAUGUUUCUUUUAAAUUAAUCAUUAUAUUUUUAGAAACUUGCAUCUAUGAAUUGAAUAUUUUAUUAUGAUAUAUUUAUUUGUAUGCACUGGAUUUAAAAAUGUGAUGUAAUAUGUGUCUUUUAAACCUAAUAAAACUAUUUUUCUUAAA